AUGGAUAUUUUACGCCAUUUUCAAAACAUUGCUUGGUGUAAACCAGACUGGUGCUAUCCCAGUAUGAGUAAAGAAACCAAUGAGUUACUAAGACAAUGUAUUGACUUGCCACAAGUUGAAUUAUGUGAUGACAUUGAAGAGUUUAUCAAAAGGAGUAAAGCUUUCCCCAUUCCAUUUCCCAUAAAUACAGUAAGGUUGGAAGAGUUAAAACAGCGCAAAUCAUUAGAUAAGUUAAAAAGGAACAUUGUUUCAACAUACCCGUUAAUACAUGAGAGAGUAUUGCUGCUGAUGACUCAUUUCCUCAUUUAUAAAAGAGAGUUUGGGUCCAGUAUUGAAAAAACAUUCUACAAAGAUAUGAGUGUGCCAGAAUUAAUUGAAAGAAUAUUAAAGAAUAGAGCAGUAUCAUUCUUAGGCCCACACGAUAGAUACCAACUUAUUACAGGAGAAACUGGUUCAGAGGGCUGGGAGUCUGUGGGUACAUUACAACAGAAGGCUCCCCUAGUACUGGAGAACUGUCUGAGUUAUGAUGAGAUGAAGUUGUCGUCUAUGUUGUAUGUGAGCGGGCUGACUUACUGUAUCAAUGAUGGGAGGAGGAACAACUCGGGAGUCGUGGAGGAGGAGGGAGUGGAAGAGGAGGCUGUUAUUAUUGGUUUGAUUGGUCCUCGUUUCCAACGUCGAUGUCGUAUGGAUAACGAAGAUAUUCUGAUAACCGAAGAACAGAAUUGUAUUGAAAAUGGUUAUGGUGAGGAAGUUACUCCAACAACCUGCCUCAAUGUAUUGAAGACGACUUACGUUAGAAAUAAUCAGUCUUCAAAACAUAUGUGGAGACAAAUGUGGUCCGAAUUUUACCAAGUCCAUAGCUACACUUAUGAAGAACUUUCAUCAUAUAUAACGAUACACGAUAAAGAUAAAAGGUACAUGGAAAGAUAUGUAAAGAAACCGAACAGUGAAGAUAUAUUUGACAAUGAGGUGUAUUACAAACGGAUAUGCAUUUUAGCCGAAACUACUCUCAUGGAGGCCGAGUAUAGAGCGAGUGAAUGUGGAAAGAAUGCGUUCAUUAAUGUUGUCGGAUGCGGUUUGGGUGUAUGGAUGACAUCCCCACAUCAACCAGAUGUAUAUGUAUUAACAUUCCUUGAGAGGAUCCGGGCUUUCCUUAAGAAGGAUCUAUUAAACCACGUGACAGACGUUAACUUUGCCUACAUACAAGCCAGUCCGAGUAUAGAUGCUCUCUUCACAAAUUCUGAGCAGAAUGAUUCGCCAGUUGAGAAGCGCAUAUUCUUUGAAAGUAAACGACAUCCAAAUGGUGGAAUAAACAUUCAGUUGGAGAACAGAGAGCCUUCGUCCAAGUUGUCAGGCGAACACGCGGGCAAGUUACUAGUCAUGACUUACCCCUGGGACGGAAACGCGCACCCGGGAAACGAAUUCUGGUUCGGUUCGCUGAAAACGUCGGGUGACCCAGCGGCCGCGUGUUCAACUCAAGUGUCUGAACUACACAACGCUCACAUCAACACGACGCUCACACGACACACUGUGAGAGUGGCGGCAGAGGGGGGACUACUACCGAUGAGGGAAUACUGUCUCACUCACACACAACAGUUGAAGAAGCUGUCAUCAUCAGGCGACCCGGCGGCCGCGUGCUCCACACAAGUAUCUGAACUACACAACGCUUAUAUUAACACCGCUGUGACGGGACACAAUCUGAGAGUGGCCGGCCGCGGUGGGGUCAGACCUCUCAAGGACUACUGUCUCGCUCUCACAUCCGAAUAA